AUUUAAAAACCUGCUUUAUGGGAAGUCGUGGUGGUUUGGCUCCGCCCUUUACUUGCUUGGUCCGGCCCCCUGUUCCUAGGAUUUAAAUUUCGCGGUAGUUGCUUGCGCAGGCGCAGUGGUUUUAGCAUGGCGGAGUUAAUCUCUUUCGUAGUUCCCACCCAGAGCGACAAAGUUUUGUUGGUGUGGGAGUUGAGCGCUGGUCCUCCAGCGGAGGCCUUAAGUCAUUCUCUGUUCACAGUGUUCUCCCAGUUUGGCCUUCUGUAUUCAGUCCGAGUCUUCCCGAACGCUGCAGUGGCCGGUCCUGGUUUCUACGCCAUCGUCAAGUUUUACUCCUCGAGGGACGCGCAGAGAGCCCAAAAGGCAUGCGACGGAAAGCCCCUUUUUCAGACAUCACCAGUGAAGGUUCGUCUUGGCACCAGACAUAAGGCACUGCAACAUCAGGCUUUUGCCUUGAAUAGCUCACGGUGCCAGGAACUGGCAAAUUACUACUUUGGCUUCAAUGGAUGGUCAAAAAGGAUCGUCAAGCUGCAGGAGCUCUCUGGAUUGGAGGAUGCAGCUCUCGCUGUGCCCAUGCAGAAGCGGAACCCCCAGUUCUUCUGUGCUGUAGAGGUGGUGCUGCCGGCCUAUGGGUGCAGGAGUCCUGGAGUUGGCAUCUCUGAGGAGCCUCUGCCUCAGCUGGAGGAAGGGCAGCCAUCGUUUCUUACGAAGAGGAAGACAGGGCAGAAGCUCGCCUUCCAGGCGGCUUUAUCAGACGCCUUCCAGAAGCUGACCAUCGUGGUUCUAGAAAGUGGCCGGAUCGCGGUGGAGUACAGACCCACGGAAGAGGAUCUCGAUGCCAGAAGUGAAGAAGAACUGCAGAAUUUAAUCCAGGUGGGCUGCUUUCCCUCCAGUCAGUCCAGCCAAAGGGAAGAAGAAUGUCUCUCGGACUUCAGCCUGGAGGAGGAAGACCUGAAGCUGUGUGGACUGCACUAGCCGCUCUGACUGUGCCGGGACCUGCCAUUUGACUCUGACAGACGUUAUCCAUUUCCAGUCAGUGGGUUGCUGGCAUCCCUGAAGACCCAAGUGUGAGGCCUGGAUCUUGCUGGGCUAUGUAGGAGGACGCCUUGGGAGAGGUCUAACGGAGGCUUGAGCCCUGUCACUUCGGGGGGAAAAGGUUCCCCAUACAGAAAGGAGCUCUGUCCCACAUAAUAAAGGCUGCCUAACAACGGUG